AUGGGAGGUUGUUGCGGUUCUGCUCGACUCUUUUGCAAAGACUUUCGCGCUUUCGUCUUCGAAGGCAGAGUGGUUGAUUUAGCUGUUGGUUUCGUUAUUGGUAGAGCUUUCAGCACUGUUAUUAAAUCAUUGGUCAACGAUAUUCUUUUACCGCCAUUUGGGUUUCUUUUUGGUGGCGUUGAAUUUUUUAAUUUAACAAUUAAAAUGCGGAAUUUUGCUUAUCCAGAUAAUCCGCCAGUUGUUAUUCGUUAUGGUGAAUUUAUUCAAAGUUUAGUCUACUUAUUGAUCAUCUCGUUUGCAGUAUUUUGCAUAAUUGCGUUAGUUGCGCGAUUGCGCGAAGGUCGCAAGAAGGAAAAUGAUGAUGGAUAUGAUCUGGUGCCAGAGCUAAGUGAACAAAUCAAAUUGUUAACUGAAAUACGGGAUUUACUAGGAACAAAACUGGAUCCUAAAACAUGA